AUGACGUCACCAACGUAUCAGCGCACGCCGCUGGACAAGCGGCCGGAUUUCAUCAAGAUCUUGUGCGUGGCAGGCUUCUACUGCAUCAUUUCCGGGGCCCUAAACGGUGUGGCAGUGCAGGAGCUCGGCACGCCCGUUGGCUACACCUCCGGCGGUAUGGUGAACUCAGGUCGAUUCUUCGCAACGGGCAAUGCGGAAGCUCCGAAGAUCUUGGCGAUGUGUGCAUCCUUCUACUGUGGAGGCCUCCUCGCAGGGAUCUGGCCCAGCGGCUGUGACGGCGACCACGUCUUCGAAGGAAGAUCCUCGCCAGGCAUGAUCCUCUCAGCCGCCAUGAUCGCUAUCGGAGCCUACAUGAAGAAGAUGCACAACCGGCCGACCUUCGCGAUGCAAAUCUGGGCGUUGGCCCAGGGCUUGAUGAAUGCCACCUCCACGAGCUUUUCUGCUGUGCCGAUGAGGGCGACCCACACUGCCGGCGGGCAGACGGAUGCAGCUAUCAGCCUCGGAAAGGCUUUCGUUCAGUGGCGGACUGGAAAGGAGGUUCCCUGCCUGCGCAAAGUCUACCUGAACGCAGUCUGCUGCGCCGGCAUGAUCUUGGGAGGCAUGUUGGCCGGGAAGUACCACAAGAGGUUCGGCACCUUCUCGGCUCUUGUCCCCGCCGGGGCACUUUUCAUGUCCGCGACCCUCUUGCCUAAGAUGAUCGCGCCGGAUGAGGAGCCCCCGAAGAAGAAGUGA